AUGAUUGGCGGUCGGCAAGUGACGGUUCCUCAUCAUUUGGAGAUGAAGCACCACGCGCUCAGCCGCUUACUGUUGUCACUGACGUUAAUGUGGGUCUUGGGUGCCCACGGGGGCCCUUUGGGCAACCUGCACCCCAACAUGACGGACCAAGAGCUGUUCUGGGGUGCCGACCAGUACGACUUUGCGAUGGUCCUGCCCGCAGCCGGGAUGGACUGCGUCUGGCACUUCGCUCACUAUGGAGAGAAGUUCUACCUCAACUUCGUGGUGCAGUGGGUGACAGGCGUAGGCCACGACCGCCACCUGUCAGUCACUGUCAACGCACCAAGUGGUCUUCUGCUUUCCACCGUCGACAACGCAGACGGGCAAAUCGAGCUGGAUGUCAAAGAGACCGGCUUCUACCAGAUGUGUUUCAGCAACUUCCACAACCGUUUCGGCAGCAUGCAAGUUUCUCUCAGUUUUGGCGUUUACUAUGACCACGCCCCCCCAGAACAACAAAACCAAAACAAGAAGGACACCGCUAUCAAGAAACUCAACGACACACUGAGCAUCAUAGAGGCAUCGUCGCAGCGCGUGGAGAACACUGUUUUUCACAUGUUCCGCCACUACAACUCGGGGCGCAUGCGACACGGUGCCGAUGAGUUCCUGUUGGUGUCCAAUCAACGCCGCGUCAAUUGCUGCUCUGCCGCACUCAGCGUUCUGGUGGUGCUGGCAGGCUUCCUGCAGCUCCGCUUCCUCCAGAGCCUCUUUGGCCGCAACGCCGACAGCGAGCCCCGCGCUUGUUGA